AUGCCGCGCCCGAGGCCGCCGGCGUCUCUCUCUCUCACGCCCGCAGCCGCGCGUCUCACCCCCGCAGCCACGAAGUUAGGGUUCGGGCUCAUCCUCCGGCAUCCUUGCGCGGCUCGGAGGCCGCACCUCCUCCGGCGGCGCCGCGCGGCUAGGAGCACGCGUGUGGGCGGAUCCGGCGACGAGCGCGCGUACGCCGCACCCGAGGCCGCCGUCGUCGCGCACGACUCCGCUGCGUUCCUCCUCCGCGGCCGUGCAGCGCUUCGCGUCCGACGCUGGCAUGGACGCCGGAGUGAAGAUCGUCGACGUGCGGGCGGCUCUCGCGCCGCUGCCAGCCCACAUGGUCUGGCCUUGUCGGAGCUCGCCGGAGUUCUUGUUGAUGGCCGUCGGAGUUCAAGAAAGUAG